AUGUCGGAUGAAAACAACAAUGAUCUUGCAUUGCAGAUCACCAAUCUCCUCAAAAAUAGUAUCAACAACCAAACUCAACCCCAAAAACAGAGCCUUUCCGACUCUUUAAAAAUCAGCCUCAAACUGAAUAGUCAGAACUAUGCCUUGUGGUCUCGAAUGAUUCGAGUCGCAAUCGGCGGCAAAUCGAAGCAUCUCUUGAGCCAUUUAACGGGAGAUCCGAAACCUCCGGAGCCAAACGACACCCAAUACGAACAAUGGGAACAAGAUGACUUAGUCGUGUUCUCAUGGUUGAUUCAGAAUAUCGAACCCGCCCUAGCCAGUAACCUAACCGAAUUCCCGACAGCCAAAACACUGUGGGAUGCGUUAGUCACAACAUACAGUAGCGGGAAAGACAAACUCCAAACCUUUGAUCUUCACGUAAAAUCGAACGGUAUUAAACAGAAUGGUUCUCCGUUGGAGGAUUUCUGGAUCAUUAUGCAGGGAGUUUGGGGAGAGAUUGAAAGGAGAGACCCGAACCCUAUGACGUGUGCUGCUGACAUAGCCACAUACAACAAACUCCGGUCAGAACAGAAGCUUUUCCAGUUCUUGAACGCCCUUGACCGACAAUAUGACCCGAUAAAGAGGGAGAUUCUCCGGUGGGACCCGCUACCCUCGGCUGAAGGCGCCUACGCCGCCGUUCGGAAAGUAAUGGCACAUCAGGGAAUCUUAGGAACCACUGAUAACUCAUCUUCCCCAAGCGGUGUGGCGGCAGGAUUGAAUACCAACAGGUCAUCUGAACCAGAAAGUCUAGGUUUUUUGACGAAAGGGCGAACGAACCAGAAAAACUCUACUCUUGGAUCAUCAUCCCGGAUUGACAAAACGAAACUUAAAUGCGAUCAUUGUGGCAAAAAUAAACACACCAAGAGCCAGUGCUUUGAACUCGUCGGCUAUCCAGAAUGGUGGAACGACGGUCACAAAAAGGGAAAUAAGGAAGGGGGUAAAGCUGCUGCAACCAUCGGGAAAACGGAGGAGCCUGAACAUAGAGGUGGCGGCGAACAAAGAAGCACUGCCUUUGGAGGCUUCACUUCCACAGAUGAUAUUGCAGAGAACGAGGAAGGAGGUAAAGGGUUUGAGACUUUAUUCUCAGGCCCUUCUAAAAUUGCUUUUAACAAUUCUAGUCACCACUCUAUUGAUUUUAAUAUUUUUGAUUAUGAUAUUUCAAAAAUAGCAAACAACCUAAUGGAAAAAAAUGGGUAUUACGAUACUGGACAAAAGUGGGUAACAAAAACAAAUGUACCUUUUUAUCAAACUAAUGUUUUGGAAAAAAUCAUUAACCAAGAAAAAGGUAGAGGUGGGACCAGAAUAAUUAAUGAAAAAUAUGGGCAAGUAAAUGUAGCCCAAAGUUAUGCAAAACUUAAUCAUUCUUGGAUAUUUGACUGCGGUGCUACCGAUACUAUGACUUUUGAUGUAUCGGAUAUAAUAUCACAAUCUAAACCUAGAGUUAACUACAUUAAAACCGCUAAUGGGGGAAGCGCUCCUGUAAAAGGAGAAGGGACAAUUGAGAUCUCGCCAACUUUAAAGCUCUCAAAUUGUCUUUAUGUUCCUUCUUUGUCACACAAAUUAUUAUCUAUCAGUCACGUCACAAAAGAAUUAAAUUGCACUGUUUUGAUGCACCCUACUUUUUGUAUCCUUCAGGAUAUCAGGACGGGAACGAUAACGUCGGGGAUUAUACUAUGUGAAGGAAGUGACUCAACAUGGGAAUGUGAUGCUUGCACACGGAACUAUGGGUAG